GUUAUCUUCUAAUGCCGAAACAGUGCAGGGACUGCUCGAACACUUUGUCUGCAUAUUGGUGCAGAAUUAGGCUAAAGUCCUAACAUCAAGUAAAAGGACAGUUGAACCCAGUCCACACACAUAGGCAUGCAUGGAUUUUGCAUUGUUUUCAUGAUAUACACAUGUGGACUUUGACAACCAAAAUAUGAUCAUUUCAAAACUGAGUUUGACAUGGAAACAGAUUGGUACCAGGACAUCUUUACAUGCCUCCCCAUUUGGAGAGUGUGGAAAAUGUCUGAGAAAUCAGCUACAAAGUCUGUUUUCUAGCAAAUGUUUCUUCAGCCAAGACGUGUCAACUUGGGCAAGGGGGUGGAGAAGGGUUAACCAGUCUCUCCCAACACCCAUAACCAAAGGAAAGUGGUCUUUAGCUGCCUUUGUUGCUGUGGCACAUCCAACCACCACUGAAAAGAUUCUGAAGGAGUCUGGCCUAUAUAAAAAAGCAGUGAGGUUUGGUGUUCCCCAAGAUGUGCGAAGUAGUGACAUUAAGGAGAAAAGGACACAACGGCGAAAGAUUAACUUCAUUUUGAGAUUCUUGUACAGACUAUGGCAUCUCUUACGGGUGUUUUUCAGAACCUUGCGGCUAUACUUCACUUUCACACCAUUUGUACUUACAUUUCCAUUUACAUAUUUAAGCACUGGCUUCACUAACAUAUGGUGGAGUCUUCUUCUCAUCGCAAUCGAGAAUUCUGGCCCCACCUUCAUCAAGCUAGGUCAGUGGGCAAGUACCCGGAGAGAUUUAUUUUCCCACGAAUUUUGUAACAGGUUUUCUAAACUGCAGAGGAAGAAUAAGGUCCACAGCUGGUCGUACACUAAGAGGAUAUUGACCAGGGCUCUAGGGAAGCGGUGGAGGGAGAUACUGGUGAAAUUUGACAAGAAACCAAUUGGCUCAGGUUGUGUGGCUCAGGUUUACAAGGCCUACUUGAACCCAGACAUGAUAUCAGAUGAGGAGCAAGAAAAAAUACUGCAGGAGCUGCAUGAUGAUGAUGAUGAUCCUUUUGAAGCGUUUGAAGUGUUUGGGUUUUCAAUGACUGAAGAUGAAGACAAAAGCAUUGAAAGCUCUCAUGGUGACAACUCAACAGAAGCUGAAGACACAUUGAUCCCAGUGGCAGUGAAGGUGUUACACCCAGGUGUGCACCGUCUUGUCCGUAGAGAUCUCCUUAUCAUUACUGGCACCGCAGGCCUGGUACAGCUUCUGGUCCCAGGACUCAAGUGGAUGGACCUCAAAGGCUGUGCUGAAGAAUUUGCUCAGUUAAUGGAAAAUCAGCUUGACCUGUGCCAUGAAGCUAGAAACUUGGACACCUUUGCUGACAACUUUGCUGAUGUGCCUUCAGUCAGGUUUCCUAGGCCUCUCUGGCCUUAUGUCAAACAUAAUGUACUGGUGGAGACAUUUGAGGAAGGGAAACCAAUUUCUAAGUUUAUCACUUUAACAUCAGAAGAUGAAGAUGAACAGCAGAGAUUAUACACUUUGAAGCAGGCACUGGGAGAUAUUUGUGUAGACUCCUUACUCAAAAUGAUAUUUGUUGACAACUUUGUGCAUGGAGACCUGCACCCAGGGAACAUUCUGGUACAAAAUGACGACAGAUUCAAACCAGAGGAAACCAAGAUGAUAAUGGAUGACCUAGGAGAUACACUGAUAGUGGAUACCAAACCCUCAGAAAAUCAUCUUCGUAUGGUGCUUCUAGACACUGGUAUUGUAGCCACGCUGUCAGAGAAAGACAGAGCCAACUUUAGGGCUGUUUUCACUGCUGUAGUCCAGGGCAAGGGAGAGGUUGUGGCAGAGCUACUUCUAGAGCAUGCUCCAUACAGUCAGUGUCAGGACUUGGAGGGAUUCAAGUACAAGAUGGCCCACUUGGUGAACACGGCCAGAGAUAACACACUGAAAUUGGCAAAGGUCCAGGUGGCCGAGCUUCUGACCAGUGUGUUUUCCAUGGUGUCCCAGCACAAGGUGAAACUGGACAGUAACUUUACUGCCGUGGUCCUGGCUGUGAUGGUCCUGGAGGGACUGGGGAGGUCACUGGACCCUGAACUGGACAUCAUGAAGAAAGCUACUCCUGUGUUACUGAAUCAGACGGGAGGAAGGUUGUUUGGAAGUAGUAGGAAAUCAUGAUUUUUAGCAGAUGCCAAGCUUAUUUCAGGGAUUAUUGUGUAGAAGAUUUCUUCUUUGUUACUGAAUCAGUCAGGAAGAGAAUUUUUUGGAAAUGGUGAAUCAUGAUUUGGCAAAUACCAAGCUUAUUUCAGUCUGGAUCCUGUGGGCUUGUGUUCUGUAAUCCUGUUCAGUUUGAUCCUGGUGUAGUGACUCUACUCGCCACACACCCCUUUUUCUGAACUCAAUGAAAGGGUCUGAUAAUGCUUAUUAUUAUUAUUGUGGAUCAGAAAUCUAUAAAACUGCAAAUUCCAGGCUUCAGCAGCAGUAUUCAUGCUCCACAUUAUGUGUUCAUUUAUGUAGACUCUAAGGGCAGUGGUUGGAGGCCGCCAAGUGCAGCAGGAUUUUUUUUUUUGAACCAAAAAGGUUACGAGUCAAAUAUACUAUAUUGCUAUAAGUUCUACCUAUAGUUUGUUUGUAGGCCAACAUUUAAUGAGAUUUUACUCUUUUCUUUUCUUUUAAAAAGAGUAUGAAGUUUAAAGGGUCUUAAAAUUUAGGGAUUUUUAUCAGACAAAAAUGCAGUUUGUGCCAUUUUUAAAAGAACGCCAUUUUCUCAGGUGUUGUCAUAUUAUUAUUUGUUAAAAGCUUGUUACACAAUUUCUUGACAAAAUCAUUUCCACAAUAUGCCCUAGUCCCCAUCCAAUGGGCAAUAUUUUUACUAUAUAGUAUGAUGUUGUCAUUCAAUAUGUAAUUCUGACUUUAUAUGUUAUUUCUUAGAGUACCUUGAUAUGGUGGCUUAAUAUGAGGUUGAGAGAAAGUGAUGAAAAUAA